AUGGCAGUGCCAGUUAAAAAAGAAGAGGAAAAACAAGUUGAGCAGGAUAAAGUUCCAGUAUCAAAGAAAUUAUCCUCUCCAAUAGUUAUUGUAACACCAGACCUGGAGGAUGUGGAAGGUGAUCCUCCAACCGCAGAGGGGACAGAUAGGGAGAGUCUGAAGAGAAACAGCAGUCAGAAUGUAGGAAUUGAUCGCAGGAAAAGUUCAAACACAUUACAGUCAGUCACUGGUAGACCAAGAGAUAGCCAUGGAAACUUGGUGUCAGAACUCAGCACAGCUUCGUCUACAGAAACGGAUAUAAACCGAGGUAAAACGGCAGUCAAGAAAAGCAAGAAUAGAAAAUCAUACGCCAACAGGAAAAGGAGACGAUCUAGUGUAUCUCAAAGUGAAAAGGAGACCAAGCUGAUUAAGUCUGAGAAAAACACAAACGGGACAGGCAGAAAGGCAUCAAUUUCUGCCGAGAAAUCCAAGGUCUUUCAAAAUGAGGUCAAGAUCAUUUCAGAGGUUAAAGCAAAUAAGACACCUACACCAACCUCGUUUGAGUCAGUAACAACUUUACCACAACGCAGAAAGAACAGGAUGGAGGAGUUGAUACAAUCAUAUGCAAGCCCAGACCAACGCUCACCUGAUUUUUCAUCUUCAUCUCCAUUUUCCCCAAAUCUAUUACAAAUGUCUCCUCCUAAUGCCCUUACCCAGCGAUUUGGUAAUGUAUUUCGAGCAUCAAGGUGUUGGGAAAGAAGCGAGGAUGAUACGUGGGAGAGAAGACGGGUACAUGGUUCAGACUCUGACCAAUCUCAGCAUUCCAGUACAACCAUGUCAGAUUCAGAGAAGGAUGAGUUCUCACUAGCUAAGGUGCCAAUGAAGAAAACAAAAAGUAGUCUGUAUGCUCCAACUAUUAUCAACGUUCUUUACAACCUGGAGGUCAUGAAGAAAAAACGUAGGAAAAAAAGUAUUCGUGAUCAAGUCAAAUCCAUCAAGGAACGAGUAUAUCAGGCCCUGAAAAAUGUGGACAUGCAUGAUUCUUCUGAUGAGGAUGAGUCAAACUUCAAACUGCCGUCCAUUUUCCCAGGUGCUUUCAAAAGAGGAGAGGAGAAGAGACGAAACAAAGUCAUGGAAGGAGUUCUUCGCUAUGUAGGCGAAUGUAACCAUAGAUACCAAAUCAUCAGCGAAGUCAAUGAUUGGAUCUCAGAUCCUUGUAGUCUGGCCGAUGGCAUGAUUCCUGAUGAAGAAAUGGAUGGCACCUUAAUGGAGUGUGAGGAUAUCCAUGAAAACGUCUUGGAGGUGUUGAACCAGUUUGGUGAUACUACCAGUGAAGUGGUGAGGUUAGGAGGUCAGCUACUGAAAGAGGCCAGCAACAUCAUUAAGGAAAAUGAACUGCAAGCAAAGAAAAUGCAAGGGAAGCCAUCAGAUUUUAAUAUCGUGUAUGAUGAGCGAGCUCUUCUUUCUGAUCCGGUCAAGUGGGACAAUGCAGUCAAGAUGGUGCUACAGACACUCAAUGAUGCGGUAAAGUGGACAAAGAAUGCUAGUCACAAGCACUUGUAUGGAAAAUGUACCAAACAGUUCAGAAACCUUUCUGUCGCCAUGUCCAAGAAAGAGAUGGAGCUCAAAGAAAAACGCAAGACUGUUGAGGAGCUGAAGACGAAAAUGAAUAUAGCAAAAGCUGCGGCUGAGAAACAGGUCAAAGAGAUGGAUGAAGUGAAAAAGGUGGUACGACGUAUGUCUGUCGACGUGGAAGAGAAGAAGAACCUACUGGCUCAGUAUGAGGAGAAGAAUAAGACUCUGAUGAGGAAACUACAAGGAUAUGAGUCACAGAUGAAGAUCCUUCAGGCAGAGAUAGAGACAAGGAUCGUCGAGAAAACCGUGACCGUUACCCAGGAGGUAGAAGUUGCUGCUGCCAAGAAACCAAAGAAACCUCCACCGUCGCCAGAGGUCAUCAAGGUUGUUGAUUCUUCUACUCAAUUAAAAUUGGAUGAAACAGAAGUCAAGUUAAAAGAGGCGUUGGACAGAAUUGAGUUAUUGAGGGAUAAACUGAGAGAACUUGACCGACAGUUAAAGCAUGAACAAGAGAAGGUGAGGAUAUUAAGAUCAGACUUGGAGAAAGCUGAGCGUGCUGCUGAAGAAGCCAUGGAAGCCAUGCCAGACACCAUUAAUAUGAUUGAGGUGCCCAUAGAGGCUCCGCAGCAAGAUGUGGAGAAAGACUCUGCCUACUACAAGACAUUGUUAUCAGGAAUGAAGAAUGAGUUUAACACCGAGAUAGAGAAACUUAAAGGCUUCCUGAAGAAAGAACGAUCAAGAAACAUUGCAGCCGUGCGGCGGGUUGAGAACAAUCACAAAGAUCAUCUACAUGCCAUUCAGAAAGAUACACUUAGGGUGCUGCGUGCUAUCAUACACUUCCGUGAUCAUGUUAUCACAAUUCUAGAGAAAGAAAACCUCAAGGAGCCUGCCUUUGCUCUCACACAGUUGCCUACUCUCAUUCCAGAAAAGCUUGUACCUGACCCGCGGGAAAUGCUAGCGUUGUUGGUAGGAAAUGUUGUUGAAUACAUGCACAAAAUGGAGCUUACCCUGGCUAAUGCAUUCCUGGCGAUGCGCAUGGUAGUGAAAAGUGCUAUCGAGGCCCAAAAGGAGUUCCAACAACAGCAACGUCUCACCCAGGCACGCUCUGUUGAACGUAUCAAGGAUGAAGAGUCUAAGGCUAAGGUCAAACAUGUAACAGCAGCCAAGAUGGAGACCACACGUUUGACAUACAGACUGAAAAAGGCCAAGGAACGAUUGCAAAAGUUUGAAGAAAUCUCAGAUCUUUCUUCAUCAGACAAGAAGUACCUUGCAUUGUUAGAGAGAUACAGAAUGGUAUGGAAGAUGUACAACCGCCUCCAAAAGGACAUGGAUGUUCUACAAGCAGAUUUCCAGACUUCUUUGGAGGAACAGAUCAAGGAGAGAGAAGAUAUCAUGGUGACUUCGAUCAGAAUGGAUCUGAAAGCGAGUAAGAAAAGUAAUGAAGCUCAGUUGAAGUUGACCAUUGGCGACCAAAAGAAAAAUCUGGACAUUUUACAGAGGGCUUUUGAAGAUAACAAGAUAUCCAAGGAUCUGUAUGCAAUGGCAGUGUCCUUGAUUAAGAAGGCAAUGGUUAUCCCUCAGAAGCGAUUACGAUAUUUAGUGGAGCAGUAUAUAGCAUUUCAGACUGUCAAAGAGACAAGAACUCGUGUAAAGGUCAUUCUGAGUGACGAGCACUUGGGCAUGGAGAUGAGAAAGGACAUCAUCAGCUAUAUGAAACGGAUUGAUGAAAAGUUUCACAUGAGUAUGACUAUGUGGCAUGAACAGAUGGCUGCUCUAGAAAAAGAGCGAAGGAAUCUUUUCAAAAGCAUUUGGAAAGUGUUUACCAACGUUGUCUCGGAGACUGGCCUUUUAUUGGUGCACCCGUUGUUGAAGGAGGACAAUGAGGACUCUGUGUAUGCCAGACUCACUGGGGCUCUAAACAGGGACCAGCUCCGACGCAUGCUCUCCAAAAGAAAGACUGCACAAGGAUUCAGCCAGCUCCCAAAAUCUGUGAAUGGCUACAAUGCCCUCAAUUCAUACAAGACACAUAAAAUGUGGCAGACCACGAUGGAUCUGUUCAACAAAGAAUCAGAUAUAGUGGUGACCACACCUCACACAGUGGAAUAUGACAUUAACAAACCAUUAAUCUCUGCUGCAAAACAACUACGAGAGAAACGUGGAACAUUUCCUUUGGCUCAGACUCAAAAUUAUUUUAUCACCAAGGAGAUGCAGAUUCAGGAUUAG